AUGUCGAAAACGAACGAGGAAAAGGGUGACCCGAGGAGGACAGUUGCCUCACACAUCCUCUCGCUGAACAUCGUCGAAGAGAAACUGAAACAAACGUCGGCUUUGGAUGCAUUUUGCGAUGGACGGGAUACGUUGUUGACAAUUGCGAGAAACGAUCAGAAAGGCGUCGAAAUGUCGACAUCGUCAAAAGAUGUCUCAACUCCAUCACAGGGAAGAGUCGUUUUUUACAAGAACAAACCUGGCCCGCUUCCAAUGGACACUUUUAAACAGAUAAUCAACAUGGUGACCGUGAACGGCCCAGCGAAUCAAGUUUUUCUCAGCUCGGUGCAACAGGUGUUCGGAAAGAAUAAAGAAAAUGGAUCAAGACAGAUCGAGGCGGCCGUUUCCCAAUUGGAGGACUCUCUUUUGGCCACCGUUCAACAGAAUGCAUCAUCGCCUAGAUCUGGCUAUGGUUCAUUGAAAGACGAAGUGAAAGCGAUUUUGGCGACGAGUGACACAAAAAAUGAACCGUUACGCGAUCUUUUUAAACCGCUCAACGAGGCCAUUCAAACGGCGCAGGGCGGUCAAAUCGAGGAGAUCGGGACAUUGGUGGAAUCGAUGGAGGAUUGUGUGGACGGAUUGUGGAGAGGAACGGAUUAUGGAGAGACAAAAUUGGCGAGAUUCAUCCAUUCUUGCGCCGAUUUCUUGAUCGAGACGAUUUCUGAGCGUUUCGACGAUUCGUUGUGGGUUGACAAGAAUUGUGUUGAUGGUUUGAAUGUCUCACUGCAAGCGGCACAACAAUGGAUUGACACUGUCAAGUUGAACACCACUCAAGUCUGGGCUCGUGGUGUUGACGGGAAUUGGCGAGGUGGUGAAGUGAAAAUGCCAUACAUGGAGGGUUUCGUGAAAAGGCUUGAAGAGAUUUUGUCACUCCGAAGUUUCCCCGAGCAACUCGCCUCUUUACUCAACGAGCCUCAUGUGAUCGGAGAAGUUGAAGAAACAAUAUCAAAAGGAAUGAUUGGAGUAUCUCCGUUCGUCUAUAGUCCCAACUCGGAAACGGCGUGGAGAGCGAAAAUUCAGGCCACCGAGCGCUCCCUGGAGCCGAUGAUCGAACGGGUGAUUCCGAUCCUCAAAACUCGACUCAUGCCAUCAAAUUUGGAUAAUAAUAUGCUUGCCAUGGAUUUGGAGAAGUUCAGGAAUUUUCUCAGUCGAACGAGGGUUAAAGAGAGGAUGUUGGCUGAGAGAGAAAACCUUAUGUCCCGCUUGAUCAAUGUCCUGUCAAGCAAAGAAAACGAGAUCGACGAUCGGAUGAAUCGAGGAGGACAAGCGGGGAGAUAUCUAUGCGAGGUGGCCGCGCGGAUCGUUUGGAUGCGAGAGCAGGGAGCACAGCUUGAAUCAAUCUCGUCCAGCUUGUCAAACCUGCUCUCCGAUCUGAAUGGCGUGCAAAAUCUGCAGAUGAAUUGGAUCGAUUACAAGAAAGCUACGAGCCGC